AUGGGUUCCGUCUUCAGAUUCUCCGCCGUCUGCAUUUUCUUCAUCUCGUUCCUCGUCCCGUCCGCUCGAGGAAAGUUUCAAGAUGGGGAGGCCGUUACGCUCUGGGUAAAUAAGGUUGGCCCAUAUAACAAUCCCCAGGAAACCUACAACUAUUACAGCCUCCCAUUUUGCCGUGCACCUGGAAACCCAGCUCAUAAAUGGGGUGGGCUCGGUGAGGUUCUCGGGGGGAAUGAGCUUAUUGAUAGCCAAAUCGAAAUCAAAUUUAAGAGAGAUGUGGAGAAGACCACAGUCUGUGAAAUUGAGCUUGAAGCAGCAAAGGCUAAACAAUUUAAAGAUGCAAUUGAUAAUUCGUACUGGUUUGAAUUCUUUAUGGGUUUUAUUGGCGAGGUGGUUCCUGAUAGAGCCCAUGAUACUAAGCACGUACUUUGGACACACAAAAACCUUGUCAUUAACUACAAUGGGAAUCAAAUUAUCCAUGUAAAUCUUACUCAAGAAAACCCUAAGCCACUUGAGGAGGGGCGAGUGUUGGAAAUGACUUACUCAGUCAAAUGGGUCCCAACUAAUAUUACAUUCGCACGUCGUUUUGAUGUUUAUUUGGACUACCCCUUUUUUGAGCACCAGAUUCACUGGUUUUCUGUCUUUAAUUCUUUCAUGAUGGUAAUUUUCUUAACCGGUUUGGUGUCUAUGAUAUUAAUGCGCACUCUUCGCAAUGAUUAUGCUAAAUAUGCCCGGGAAGAUGAUGAUCUGGAGACUCUGGAACGGGAUGUGAGUGAAGAAUCUGGUUGGAAACUUGUCCACGGUGAUGUGUUUCGACCUUCCCAAAACCUCGCUCUUCUUUCAGCUGUUGUUGGAACUGGGGCUCAAUUAGCAACACUGGUUUUGCUUGUGAUCAUUUUUGCAAUUGUUGGAAUGUUGUACAUUGGGAGAGGAGCAAUUGUCACGACCUUUAUCGUAUGUUAUGCUUUUACAUCAUUUAUAGCUGGUUAUGUGAGUGGUGGCAUGUAUUCGCGCAAUGGGGGUAAAACAUGGAUAAAGUCAAUGAUCCUCACGGCAUCACUUUUCCCUUUCAUUUGUUUCGGCAUCGGCUUCAUCUUGAACACGAUUGCGAUAUUCUACGGUUCUUUGGCUGCCAUACCUUUUGGCACAAUGGUGGUUGUUUUUGUCAUUUGGGCAUUUAUUUCUUUCCCACUGGCGCUUCUCGGCACUGUUGUCGGAAGAAACUGGAGUGGUGCCCCUAACAAUCCUUGCCGUGUGAAGACCAUCCCUCGUCCGAUCCCCGAGAAGAAGUGGUACCUCACACCUUCUGUCAUCUCUCUCAUGGGAGGUCUGCUUCCUUUCGGGAGCAUUUUCAUUGAGAUGUAUUUCGUCUUCACGUCCUUCUGGAAUUACAAGGUUUACUAUGUGUAUGGCUUCAUGCUGCUCGUGUUUGUGAUCCUGAUCAUCGUCACCAUUUGUGUGACAAUUGUGGGCACGUACUUCUUGCUAAACGCGGAGAACUAUCACUGGCAAUGGACUUCAUUCUUCUCUGCUGCCUCAACCGCUCUUUAUGUAUACCUCUACUCUAUAUAUUACUAUCACGUGAAGACAAAGAUGUCGGGCUUUUUCCAGACCAGCUUUUAUUUUGGGUACACUUUGAUGUUCUGUCUUGGUCUGGGGAUACUAUGUGGUGCUGUCGGAUAUUUGGGAUCAAACUUGUUCGUUCGGAGAAUUUACAAAAACAUCAAAUGUGAUUGA